AUGUCAUCAUUACGCAACAGGUCACCACUACGCUUGCUGACCAUAUCGUUGCUGGUGAUUCAAGUCGUUGUCUUUGUGUUUAUAGUAAUAACUGCUGCAUUACUUGGUGGCUGGAUAUCUGAUACUGAGAAAUUUCUGUCAGCCUUUAUUUCCGAAUAUACAGACUUCAAAGGCUUUUCUGUAAGCAUACAUGGAUACCCAGCGGACGUAUACAUUGCGCUCAUAGUGACUGGUCUGUCAGUCAUAGUAGGCCUCCCUCUACUAAUACCUGAAGUCAUCAACCGUUUUAAACUCAGUCUUUAUUUCGCUAUAAUGGAAGCUGUUCUUUGCGGUCUUUGGCUAAUUACCGCAAUCAUAAUAUCAACCGGUGCAGGAAUGACAGACGAUUUAUUCGCUGUUCGCCUGGUUAAGCCUUACUCUGACUAUCUAUAUCCGGACCAGCAACCAUACUUUCAAUUUCUCAAGAAAGCGGCGAGCCUCGGUAGUGUUAUUGGAAUCUUUUCAUACAUCAAUGCUGUCAUUUGGGGAUGCGGUGCCUUGUUACGCUUUCGAGUGUUGAAGAUGAUGCAACGGAAAACGUCUAACGAACGUAGAGGUACAAUACCACAACCAUAUAAGAUGGAAUCGAUCGGGGUUGAAGAAAACGUCGAUGCUAAAGUCGAGAACGAAGAUGAUAGUCAGUCAAAUGUGUUGACGGCACAGCAGUUGCACGAGCUCAGAUUGAAAAAAUUGCGAAGUGCCAAAGAUGAUGAGGAGGGUGAGGAAGAAAUGCUAAAGUUUGUGGAGAUUCAAGUGCCUAUUCGACCCAAGAUUGAAUUAGGUGAGAAGUUUAAUGUGAACGCCAACAACGAUUUCUACGGAAAUAGAGAUGAAGACGAUGUACAGUCUUUUCCCGCACCAAUUUUGUCGCCUCCUUUCCCCCCUCCGCCACCGCCAAAGAGUGAGCGUUCGGCUAACGAGGUCAGAGCACCGUUUGAUUUUGUUGGGCAGGAGAGUAUGCAAGAGUGA